CCAUAUAUACCCCUAACCCCUCCUCUCUUCAUCCUCCUGGAACCUUCCCGAAUCAGCAAACAGAUACCCUAAAACAUCAUUACUACUAUUUAAAGCGGAAAACAUCAUUAAAUAGUACCUUUGACCCAUUGUCUUUCUUUCUCUGACCCUUACCUUCACUGCAUCUAAAUCCAUUCCCUUAUUGCAAUUUUUAGAUCCUUCAUUGUUAUAACCGGCGGCGAGUAAUUUAGUUGAAGGGAAUGGAGGGAGGUGCAGCAGCAGAGAAACAGAAUGAAGCUACAGCGUCUUAUACUUAUUGGGUGAGGGAGGCGACACGAGAUGCUGCACCUUUACCUCUUCCUAAGAAGCUCACUUCUCAGGACCUCAACAAUCAAGCCAAUAACCCACAAACCCACCUUGGGUCCGCCUGGAAUCGGGCUGGAACAUGGGAGGAGAAAAAUCUAAAUAAAUGGGCAAAUGAUAGAAUCAAGGAGCUGCUAGUAUCUGUGGGAUCACUGGAGUAUUCUGGGGGUAGAGCAGAAGUAGCCGAAGUAACACGAUGUUCUGGUGAUGCAUUCUUGGUGACUGUACGAAAUAAAAAGCGUGUUGGCUACACAUACGAGCUGACAGUCAAAGUCAAGGGGGAAUGGCUUGUCGGAGCUGAGAAGAAGGUGGUCAAAGGCCAUAUAGAUAUACUGGAGUUCUCAUUUGGUGAGCUAGAUGAUCUGCAGAUUGAAGUGAAGCUUAGUGAAGACAAGGAUCUUGAACAACAAGACAAGCAGCGGAUAAAACAGGAUAUGAAACAAUUUCUGAGACCUCUUCGGGAAAAAUUGCUUCAGUUUGAGCAGGAACUGAAAGAGUUGUAGUGUGCUGUCGCGUCUGGUACUAUUUUUAAAGCUUCUUUUUUAAUCACCCUAAAGUGCUUGUGGUCUGUAGUCUUGGACUAGUGUUCCUUUGACUGGAAAUUAUCACUUCAGCUUGUAUUAGUAGAAUGCAGUACACUCCAGGAAAAUUAAUUAAGAAUCUUGGGACUUGGGCCUAUUUGAUGCUGGUGGUCUUGGUGACUAUUUCAUCUUAAUUUGAUAUUUUUAGUGCA